AUGAGCUCCGAUUUUACAUUGUCAAAAAGUUUUACCUCGAAAGGCAGUGAUGAUUUUUCACAACGAUCAGUCAAAGCUGAUUCACACCGUCGUUCAAAUAUUUUAAUCCCAAAAUCGAGACGAGUUAGGGAUGAAAUAAUGAAAAAAUCGAGAACCGAAAGUGAAGAGGAAGAUUUAGAAGAAAGAUGUGAAAAUAUCGUAUUGUCUGAGGAAUUCAGCAUUGAUGAUUUGGUGGAAGAAUGGGUCGAAGUUAUGCUUAGCAAAGGUGUAAAAGGUCUAAAUGAUGAAUUCAUAGCAUUAUCCUUCACAACAAAGCCAUCAGCGACCAAUUAUAGCAUUUUCACUGCUAAUCAAAAUUCCGGCCGGAAUCGUUAUCGGAAUGUAGUUUGUUUGAACCAUUCGCGUGUAAAACUUAACAAUCAUCCGUCCGGUAACGAUUAUAUUCACGCCAACUACGUCAGUACACCUUUUUCAGCACAUCGUUUCAUCUGUACUCAGGCUCCUUUAGAUUGUACCAUUUAUGAUUUUUGGUUCAUGAUUAUGCAAGAAAAAGUGAAAUACAUUAUUAUGUUGACAAAUUUUAUUGAGAAAGGUUACAUCAAAUCGACACCAUACUUUCCCUAUGAAGUUAAUAAAAUCGUUAACUACCACGGUAUCAUGGUGAAAUGUCUUGCAUGUGACCGUCGCAUGGAUUUUGAAGGUGAAGUGUGGGAACGAUCGUUGAUGGUUCAAUUGCCAGGUAGGAACUCGAUGAUUGUGACACAUUUCCAUUGGACUGAUUGGCCUGAUCAUGGCAUACCAAAUAGUUACUCUUGUCCGUUACAUCUUCUUGAAGUGGUACGAGUGUCAUUAACGCCAAUAGUACUACAUUGCUCUGCUGGUAUUGGACGGACCGGUUGUAUUGUACUGAUCGAAUUAGUUCUCGAGAAAUUACUAUGCAAGCAAACUUGUACUGAUAUGGGUUUCAUACUUGCUGAAUUACGAAAACAACGUGCUAAUUUAAUUCAGAAUAGUAUUCAAUAUCUUUACGUGCAUCGUACAUUGCUGCACUGUUUCGCAUUAGCUGGAUGCGUCAAAAAAAAGGAUGACGUACGUGAAUUCAUAAAAGACUAUGAUCAAUUUAUAUUUGCUGAAUCAUCUAAUAGGAAAAAGAAUUUCUCGCAUCGUCCAUUUCAAGUACGGUCUUUUUAUUUCUGA